AUGUAUGCAGGUUACAAGAGGAGAGAUAUUCUAACAAGUGCCACGGCUGUGGUGGUUCGCCUGCAGCUGUCGCUGCGGCCCCAGCGCACGGCGCACACGUUCUGCGUGUUUCUGGAGCGGUUCAAAGCGGUGGGCGUGGAGAGGAACAAUCUGAUUCAGCCCACCAUGGCGCUCAAUAGCUGGGGCGAGGGCAUCCUAGCAGCAUCGCUGGCAGGCCCGAACUUCUACCCCUCGGCUGCCUACGCACGUAUCAACGGCAACACUGAUGUGGGCAGGAUCGUCGUCGCGGGCCCGGGGAAAGCGCCUCUCGACGACUACCUCACGUACCGCUUCAACAUCCCUGUGCUGCUGUAUGGGGACUUCAUGUCGGCCACAAUAGAUGAGGACGGCAACGUGUGGGCGGCGGUGGAGUAUGUGGGCGGCGUGGAGCGGACGGACUAUAGCGACUAG